AAUGCUUCUCACAACUUGCUAGCAGCUCACCCAUCAUGGGCAAGGAGAAAACCCACAUCAACAUCGUUGUCAUCGGCCAUGUCGACUCCGGCAAGUCCACCACCACCGGGCACCUCAUCUACAAGUGCGGGGGCAUCGACAAGAGGACCAUCGAGAAGUUCAAGAAGGAAGCUGCAGAGAUGGGCAGAGGUUCCUUCAAAUAUGCCUGGGUUUUGGACAAGUUGAAGGCUAAGCGUGAGCGUGGUAUCACAAUUGACAUUUCUUUGUGGAAAUUUGAAACAAGCAAAUACUAUGUCACCAUCACUGAUGCUCCUGGACACAGAGAUUUCAUCAAAAACAUGAUUACUGGCACCUCCCAAGCUGACUGUGCUGUCCUUAUUGUUGCUGCCGGUGUUGGUGAGUUUGAAGCUGGUAUCUCAAAGAAUGGGCAGACUCGUGAACAUGCCCUUCUGGCCUACACACUGGGUAUAAAACAGCUGAUCGUUGGUGUGAACAAGAUGGAUUCUACUGAGGCACCGAACAGCCAGAAGAGAUAUGACGAAAUUGUCAAAGAAGUCAGCACUUACAUUAAGAAAAUUGGCUACAACCCAGACACCGUAGCUUUUGUACCAAUUUCUGGUUGGAACGGAGACGAUAUGUUUGAGCCUAGCUCUAAUACUAGCAGCUCACUAGUCUUAUGCAACCUGAGCUUCAAGGCAACUCACUCUUAUCUAUAUCCAAACAUUAGGAGGAGUUCUCAGUAA